UCUUAUCCAGUUUGCAGGCUCACUUGUGCUGCAGCAGAGCACCUUCAGGGUGUUCGCAGGAGCGGCUGCAGCAGGAAAACUUUCAUUUUUUGAAUCGCCUUUUUGUGCUUCUGCCGAACAGUUGAGGCAUGAGGAGGUGACACAGAGGCGCAGAGACCGACUGGAAGCUGAUUGACAGAGGAAGAGGAAGAGGAAGAAGAAGCAAACAGAAAGGGAAGAAGGUCCUUUAAGCUUCCUGAAGAUCUUUAAGCAAGUGACUGCGGUUUUGACAGAACAAGCCCAGCCAAUGAAAACGUGCUGUACAUUUAGAGACAAACAGAGAACAUUGAGGAUUGGAGUUGUGACCUCCAGCGUCUCUUGUAACAGAGGGAGGGGAUACUGAUGUCAGUCUGCCUUGUGAUUGGCUGGAGCGAUGGCAGUCACCAAGGAGGAAAAGCUCAAGGGAGGCAGAAGGGCGUUGGGGGUCUCAACUCCGCCAGAAGGUGGCUGGGGUUGGAUGAUCGUCGCUGGCUGUUUCCUCGCCACCAUCUGCAUCCGUGCAGUGACCAGAUGUGUUUCCAUGUUCUUUGCGGAGUUCCAGCUGCACUUUGAGAAAGAUUAUUCCACCACCGCCUGGAUCCACAGUCUGAUCGACUCCAUCACCAUGCUCUGUGCUCCCCUGGGUGGUUUCCUUGGAAACCGUCUCUCCUGCAGAGCUACAGUGAUCCUGGGAGGUCUGCUGUCUUCUGCUGGUCUGGUCCUCAGCUCCUUCGCUUCCAGCCUGGAAUAUCUAUACAUCUUCAUGGGCAUCCUCACAGGUCUUGGCUUUGCUCUCAGCUACACACCAACUGUAGCGAUGGUUGGGAGGUACUUCAGUGAGAGGAAAGCUCUGGCCUAUGGCAUCGCCCUGUCUGGUAGUGGCAUCGGGACCUUCAUCCUGGCUCCUGCAGUCCAACUGCUUAUAGAGCGUUACUCCUGGAGAGGUGCUCUGCUGAUCCUGGGAGGAUUUGUUUCCAACCUGUGUGUCUGUGGUUCUCUGAUGCGGCCACUGGAACCAAGAGGAGGUGAAAUGAUAUGGGAGAACACUAUGGCAAACCUGGAGAAAGAUUGCAUAACAGUGCUGGAUUCCAAAGACACUGAACAAGUAUCUGCUGAUUGCAGCCAAGUGGAAUCAAAGCAGCUGAAAAUUAACCACUUAAAGGAUACUCAAAGGCUACUCAUAGCCAAUGAAACGCUCAAAAACUUUGGACUUGAAAAUGACAAACUAGGUCAGGGGAACAUAGUGCGGCUAUCAAGUCCGAGCCUGCCUGAUCCUAGUUUAACAGAUCUGAAGAUAGCUGAAUGCAUAUUAUUUAGCAACAGGCUAACAGAGACAAUGCUAGGGAAGAUCAAACUCUCAGAUGCUAAACUAGCAAAUGGUAGCACAAUUGAGGACUUGAAAUUGGUGGAAAGCAUGAACUUGAACAACAAGGCAGCUGACAUGGAUGCAAAGAUAGAAGACUCAGGACUCACCGAAGCUAAACCAACAGAUGCCUAUGACUUAGAUAAAACCGUUUGCCCUCCUCCAGAGCCUUUAGUGAACACACACACUUCAUCCAGAGGUCACUGUUUUUGCCUUGAGUCCAGGGAGGAAUUUGGAUUUCUCGUUUUACCCGACUUCCUGAUUCUGUCUGUGUCCGUCCUGUUUAUGGCAUAUGGCUGCAGUGCUCCAAUAGUUUACCUGGUUCCUUAUGCCCUCAGUGUGGGGGUGGGGCACAAGCAGGCUGCCUUCCUCAUGUCCAUAUUUGGAGUCAGCGGCAUUGUAGGUAACAUCACCUUUGGAUGGAUCACGGACAGGAAGUGUCUGAAGAGGUAUCGCAUGCUGAGCUACAUGGUGGCGAUAUGCAUGGAGGGCCUCUGCUGUAUGUUCAUCCCGUUCCUUCACUCCUUCUCCCUCCUGGUCGCAUUUUCUGUACUCUAUGGGUACUUUGACGGGGCGUAUGUAGCGCUCAUCCCAGUGGUGACCUCUGAUGUCGUGGGCUCCACCUACCUGACCUCUGCUCUGGGUGUGGUCUACUUCCUGCAUGCCAUCCCCUACCUGGUCAGUCCACCAAUAGGAGGUUGGUUAGUAGACAGGACGGGAAACUACGCAGCAACCUUCUUCCUCAGCGGGGCUUCCUUCAUGUUCAGCUCUGUGGUCCUAGCAGCUGCCAUGUUAGUCAGGCACUGCCGGAGGUCCAAGUCUAACUCAGCUGCACAUUUAAGUCCCAAUCACACUGCUGCUGCCGCUCAGCAGGUCAUCAAAUGACGUGCCAAUCGAGAUCCACUUCCACCUGCGCGGAUGUGUACCUCAUCACUGCUGAAAUGUGGGUUUACAAAGAAUAUAGUAAAGGUGCUAUUUUGAUGUGCAUCACAUGCGCUGAUGUGUUUUGGACAUAAGACCCCAAGCUCAGGCUCAACAAGAGCAGUGCCCAGAAGAACCAAAGCUGUCAUAACUAUGCCUUUUUUUUAAAGAAACAAUGUUGUGACUUUAAGACACACAGAUUGUGUUAUAAUGAGUUUUCUGUUUGUUGUUUAAUGUGGAUAUUUUGUUUUGUAAAACCAAAGGGCUUUCUUACUUCAUGGACGCCAAAAUCUGCAAGCAAGUUUCCAUUAACAUUCACAGGCUUUAGUGAGCUUUCCUAUAAUAUUGAGAUGUACAAACUGUUCACACCGAUUUAAUAUAGAUUCUAAAGUAUUGCUAUUAAAAUUUUAAAUAGUUUUUUUAAACUCUUAUUUUCCAAAAUGUUCCAUCUUGACAAUUGAUUAUGUUGAACAUUUCAUCACUACCCGUUAGGCUUCUCUGUGCAGGUAGCACUGUGUAUACAAUAAUACUCACAAGUAUUUACUUUUUAAAAUAUAUCUGAACAAUUAUCAUGAUGCUUCUAGUUCUAGUAGCCCUUUUUUAACAUUGCUCAUGUGAUUUCUGUGUUUGCGUUGCUGGCUUGCUUCCCGCUGCGUUUGUGUCAUAUCAGUAGAAGCAGAAGAAUGUGAUUUAUUUGCAUGUAUCAUGAACAUAUAAAUAUAAUGGUAACGAUCCUGCAAGUCCGCCAAGUCAUAGUGGCAGAUGCACAGGACCAAAACACUGCAGACUGAGAAUAGACCAGGAAUACUGCACACGUUCGAUCACUUUAACCAUACUUUAUUUAGUGAUGAUGUCAGGGUGGGUACACUAGAUUUACCAUAAACUUAUAAUCAAUCGUGAACAAUCUAUAGUGGAUAUUUCUUAUCGAGUAUGCUAGAUUGUAUUAAUGUGUAAACAAAUGAUCAUUUCAAUACCUCAGACUGCAUUAGAAGUAGUUGUGAAACUGUCUUGCCAGCACCACUGGAGCUGGUCUGUGAGGGAUAAAUAUUUGGAAAAAGUGAUAUUCAUACAGUGCUUACAAGGGAUUAUUUGUUUUUUAAACAUUGGUAACUUUAUCAAUGAGGUUCUUUUCUAACUGAAUUUAAAAGUGAAAAUCCCACACAUUCCUAUGACUUCCAUUUUGUGAUUUCAUUUCAUUAUUUUGAUGUUUAGUAUGAUUGAUGUUAUUAUUUACAGCAACAAAUAUCAAAACAUGUGAGACAUUUCAAGCAAAGACAAUGUGCUUACGUGAGGGGACUGUGACUAUUUACAAACUAUUUUGUGCAAUAUCCAAACGUACAGACCCUACAAACGGCUACAUUGCUCUGCCAUACAUUUCCAGACUUCCCGUAUUCAGGAAAGCUGGACAGAAUAAAAUGAAUGCUGGACUGAUGCUCAGAUUUAGGCGUUUCUGCUUAAAUUGUAGGAAGACUGCUGAAAAGUCUGUGCUUCAUGUUACAGGCAAUGCAAUUUGAUGAAUUUUGAAUUAGAUCCUAAGAUGUCCUGUGUUCUAUGUGAACCUCUGUUUCAGACUGUGUGGUAGUUUCUUACAGUGACCACUAACCUCUUUGACAAUGGAAAUCACAUUAAAAAUAUAACUCGA